CCAUUCGCCAGCCUCCGCGACUCAUCUCCCAGCUCCUGGCGCGCGCACUCCGGCGGGGCUGACCCUGACACCCUGUAGCUGAGCCGGGGGCGCGCGAGCCGGGGGCGCGCGCGACGAGGGCUUCGCGGCUCAGCCCGGCUCCUCGCCCGCCAGCCCGAGCCCCUGUGACUCCGGGCCAGGAUCCCGCCCGCCAGCCGGCUGGCCCCCUCGUAGGGGACGUGCUGCUGACCCGCGCCUGCGACCAGGAGGACGCGCAGCCAUGGGCCGCCUGGCCGGGAGUGCGGCGGCGCUGCUGCUCGGGCUGCUCGUGGAGUGCACAGAGGCCAAAAAGCAUUGCUGGUAUUUUGAAGGACUCUAUCCAACCUAUUAUAUAUGCCGCCCUUAUGAGGACUGCUGUGGCUCCAGGUGCUGUGUGCGUGCCCUCUCCAUACAGAGGCUCUGGUAUUUUUGGUUCCUCCUGAUGAUGGGCGUGCUUUUCUGCUGUGGAGCCGGCUUCUUCAUCCGGAGGCGCAUGUACCCCCCGCCGCUGAUCGAGGAGCCGGCGUUCAACGUGUCCUACACCAGGCAGCCCCCGAACCCCACUCCAGGAGCCCAGCAGCUGGGGCUGCCGUUUUACACCGACCCCGGAGGACCAGGGAUGAAUCCUGCUGGGAACCCUGUGGCGAUGGCUUUCCAGGUCCAACCCAACUCACCCCAGGGAAGCAUGGCCUACCCACCACCCCCUUCCUACUGCAACACGCCACCGCCCCCAUAUGAGCAGGUGGUGAAGGCCAAGUAGCCGGGGGAGGCUGUCACCCGCCCUCCCUGGCGCCCCAUCACUGUUCACCUCCAGGAAUGGUCUUCUGAGCCACUAAGGGCAAAUUCCUUUCUGAUAUCUUCAAAGCAAGCACAGCUUCCUUUCAAGUUUUCCUUGGAGGACCAGUAUUUGAAUUCACCCCGUGUCUCCUCUGUUGCUUCUGUUUCCAAUGUCAUCUGUGCUCUGGCCGAGUGGAGAGUCCCGAGGGUUGACCCCCAAGGGUGGCGCAUCCAGACCCUCAGGGGAGAGACCCCGGCAGAAGGUGAGGCAGGGCGCGUGCAGGUGAGUACGCGUGAACGCGAGGAGGGGCCCAGGGCGCCCGGAAGGCCCCACACACGGCAGGUGGCCCGUCUGAAAUGAGGCACCACGGGGCCAGCUGUGUGAGCCCCUUGCCCAUCAGUCUUCCUCUUCCAAAGGCUCUCAGAGAAACAGGCGUUGGUGGCGCAGCCUCGGAGCCCUCUCUUCUCCAUCCCCUUCCUGAAGACCAGAGCUGCCCUCUGCACAGCCAGGGCUGGGAGAGCCCUGGGCACGGCUUGCACCUCAAGGAGAUGGGGAUCUAGAAUCAGGCCAAGUUGCUGUCUAUAGUUACCUGAAAGUCACUAAGGAACGUUAUUUAAAUUCAUGGGAAAUUGCCCCCUGCCUCCAACCGGACAUUGCAUUUGACGAGCUCUUGGUCUGACUUGGGGAAAAGAGUGUUCGAGCCCUUUUCAGUGUGUCCUGUGGAAGAUGGCGUGGAGUCCUGUCCUGAGGUCAGACUCGGAGUCUUUCCUGGACAUCGGCAGCUCUCUGGCCUGUGAUCACGGCCAGACAGCUCUGCGCCGUCCCCUGAGGUAGCUCUGACGGUGCGUUGUGAUGGACACUUUCAAAGCAGACGGGCGCAUCCGGCUGGGAAGCCACGUCAGCCUCUGGAGAGAGGUGUCCCAGCAGGGCGCAGUCAGUGGCUCGAGCCUGGGUUGGGCAGGCCUGGGCCCGGGCUGGUUGGCCUCAGCAGGUGUGCGCCGGGCUCCGAACAGGAGGAGCUUGAAGAAAGAGACGGGAACGCAGACCCCAGGACUGCAGAGCGAUCGCUUCAGAAAGGACUGCACAGACCUCACUGAUGAUGAGCUCAUCAGAAUUAGAAUAAAGAAGAUCUGGUUGGAAACGCAAAGCCUGGCUCAGAAACCUCUCUGGCCCUGGGAUCACAGGCAGUCCUGGGGUUGUCAGCGGGCCGGGGUCCUGUUCUUCUGCAUAGUGAGUAAUGCCCACGGUCGCGUAUUUAAACCCAGAGUGAGACCUGACAGGUCACGUAUAGGAAGGGCAAAGCCGCAUAGCCGAGACAUGUAGAUCCCUGUAUAUGUAGUGGUGGGGUGGAGUGCAUUUUUUUUUGUUUUUUUUUUGCGGUACGCGGGCCUCUCACUGCUGUGGCCUCUCCCGUUCCGGAGCACAGACUCCGGACACGCAGGCUCAGCGGC